AUCGGCCAAACACCAUCGCACGCUGCUCUCUCUGCCUCAUCUGUUCACUCCGCCGUGCUCUGCUCCUCCUGCGCCCAUCUGAAUCCGUGCGGGUACAGCGUACAAGCACAGCAAGGAUAGAGAGAGAGAGAUGGCCGGAGGCGGCGACAACUCCACGAACGGAGCUCGCGACCAGAGGGCCAUGGAGGAGGGGAGGAAGGAGGAGUUCGCCACCGACCAGGGCUGCGCCGCCCUCUCCGUCCCCUUCAUCCAGAAGAUCAUCGCGGAGAUCUUCGGCACCUACUUCCUCAUCUUCGCGGGGUGCGGCGCGGUGACGAUCAACGCGAGCAGGAACGGGCAGAUCACGUUCCCGGGCGUGGCCAUCGUGUGGGGGCUCGCCGUCAUGGUGAUGGUGUACGCCGUCGGCCACAUCUCCGGCGCCCACUUCAACCCCGCCGUCACCUUCGCCUUCGCCACCUGCGGCCGCUUCCCGUGGCGGCAGCUCCCCGCGUACGUGCUGGCGCAGAUGCUCGGCGCCACGCUCGCCUCCGGCACGCUCCGGCUCAUGUUCGGCGGCCGCCACGAGCACUUCCCCGGGACGCUCCCGACGGGAUCCGACGUGCAGUCGCUCGUCCUCGAGAUCAUCACCACCUUCUACCUCAUGUUCGUCAUCUCCGGCGUCGCCACCGACAACAGAGCCAUCGGGGAGCUGGCAGGGCUGGCCGUGGGCGCAACCAUCCUGCUCAACGUGCUCAUUGCCGGGCCCGUGUCCGGCGCGUCGAUGAACCCGGCCCGGAGCGUGGGCCCGGCGCUGGUGAGCGGGCAGUACCGGUCCAUCUGGGUGUACGUGGUGGGCCCGGUGGUGGGGGCCGUGGCGGGGGCGUGGGCCUACAACCUGAUCCGCUUCACCAACAAGCCCCUCCGCGAGAUCACCAAGAGCACCUCCUUCCUCAAGAGCAUGAACAGGAUGAACUCCGCCUCCUCCUGAUCACUCCACCACCAGCAGCAGCUAAAUUAACCGCGAGCCGUGCGAUGGAUGCGAGAUGAUCAGAGUGCUCAAGUAAUCAUGCUGAUGUGGCAGGCCUAUUAUUCACCUGUGCCGGGGGUAUUUCAGUAAUCUAAUAUUCACCUGUGAGAGUAUAUGCUGUAUCUCUGUUCUGUGAGUGUGUGUGACAGUGUGAGUGGAUGGGGAUGAAAAGGGUUUGAUCAGAUGGUUAUGGAUGCACCACGGGACUAUGGUUUGCUUCGAACUCUAGUUUAGUUGGUCACCCCGUGAAUGUGGCAGUGUCCAUGUACGCCUGUUUCCAUAACCCAGUUAAUCAAUGUUGGUGGGAUAUAUCCCCAUGCUCGUGUUGUUAUUCUUU